UCUUCUUGGACUCAACGUUUGUCUUUUGGUUAAGGCGGAACAGACCGGCGGCGUUACUAAAAAAACCUUUCACUUUUCUCUGUCGCUCUUUUCCUCUUCUUCAUUCAGAACCCAGGAGCUCUCUGAGAUUUCCCUCUCUAUUCACAACUCUACACUGGUUGGUUGGUCCGGCUCAGUGUAUCAGUCUUACUGUCUCAGAGGUCGGAGCAAAUCCCCCAUAGGGUAUUUAUUUUGGCCUUGCACUCUCUCAUCUAUUUCGCAAAAGCGGUCCUACAGAGAGCCCGUGUUUUCUUAUUUCAAAGAGAGAGCUGUUUGAUUUGUUGCCAUACGAGUCCCAUGGACUAUGACUUGCAUGAAGAGCAACAAGUGCCACCUGGUCUGCUCACUGGCAUAAGUUUUAAUUUUUCUACUCAGACAGAUAUAGAGAAGAUAUCUGUUAUAGCGAUUGAUGCAGUCAGUGAGGUCACUGAUCCUAAGUUGGGACUCCCAAAUCCCUCUUCACAAUGCUCCACAUGUGGUGCCCAUGAUUUAAAAUACUGCGAAGGUCAUUUUGGGGUUAUCAAAUUUCCAUUCACCAUACUCCAUCCUUAUUAUUUAUCGGAAGUUGUAAAGAUUUUGAACAGAAUUUGCCCCGGAUGUAAAUCUGUCAGGCAAGAAGUAAAGGUCAAGGGUGGGAAUUCAGUAUCUAGCCAUCCUCAACCUAAGAGUUGCAAAUAUUGUACUGGAAAGUCAAUAGAGUGGUAUCCAACAGUGAAGUUUAAAGUUUCCUCUACGGAACUCUUUAGAAAUAGUGCAAUUAUAGCAGAGGUAAACGAAAAGUUGCCAAAGAAGUUUCAAAAGAAAAAUUUUAGGGGCUUGCCUGCUGAUUUUUGGGAUUUUAUUCCAAAAGAUGAACAACAAGAAGAAAGUUGUUUGAAACCAAACAGAAGGGUUCUAUCACAUGCCCAGGUCCAUUAUUUGUUGGAUGAUAUCGAUCCAAAGCUGAUCAAGAAGUUUGUUUUGAGGACAGAUUCACUUUUUCUCAACUGUUUCCCAGUUACACCGAAUUGUCAUCGUGUGACUGAAGUUACACAUGCAUUUUCUAAUGGACAGCGAUUGAUCUUUGAUGAACGGACCAGGGCCUACAAGAAGUUGGUUGAUUUUAGGGGGAUAGCUAAUGAGCUAGGUUCUCGUGCCCUGGACUGCCUGAAAAUUUCGAAGUUAAGCUCAGAUGUGUCUUCAAAUAAAGAUUUGGUAUAUGGCCAGCAAACAAAAGGGGCAGAUCCCUCACACUCUUCUGGGUUGAGAUGGAUGAAAGAUGUUGUACUUGGGAAGCGGAGUGAUCAUUGUUUCCGCAUGGUGGUUGUUGGUGAUCCACAUAUCAAGCUCAGUGAAAUUGGUAUACCAUGUCAUGUUGCUGAGAGGUUGCAUAUUUCUGAGCGUUUGAACAGGUGGAACUUUGAUAAGUUAAGUGAUUGUUGUAGAUUAUGUUUCAUUGAGAAGGGAGAGGUUUAUGUUCGUAGAAAAGGUAUUCUGGUUCGUGUGCGUCGUAUCACUGAGCUCCAAAUUGGGGACACUAUAUAUAGGCCUUUGAAUGAUGGGGAUAUUGUGUUGAUAAACAGACCUCCUUCUAUACAUAAACACUCCCUUAUAGCUCUAUGUGUUAAGAUCCUACCAGUAACUUCAGUUCUUUCUAUAAACCCACUUUGCUGUUCUCCUUUUCGUGGGGAUUUUGAUGGUGAUUGUCUUCAUGGCUAUGUUCCUCAAUCAAUUGAUGCCAGAGUUGAACUUAGUGAGCUUGUUGGUUUAGAUAAACAAUUAAUUAAUGGGCAGAGUGGUAGGAACCUUCUUUCACUUAGUCAUGAUAGUUUAACUGCUGCUCAUUUGGUCAUGGAGGAUGGUGUUCUCUUGAACCUUUUCCAAAUGCAGCAGCUGCAAAUGUUUUGCCCGCAUCAACUUUUGUCACCAGCAGUUGUCAAAGUUCCCUCACUUAAUAGUUUUGUUUGGACUGGCAAGCAACUAUUCAGCAUGCUUCUGCCUCAAGGGUUUGAUUAUGUUUUUCCUUCAAAUGGUGUUUACAUUAGUAAUGGAGAGCUUUUGUCUUCUGAAGGAUCUUUUUGGUUGCGUGACAAUAAUAGUAACCUUUUUCAAAGUCUGGUCAAACAUUGCCAGGGUAAGGUACUUGACUUCUUGUAUACUGCUCAGGAAGUUCUCUGUGAGUGGUUGUCAAUGAGGGGCUUGAGUGUUUCACUUUUGGACUUAUACCUCUCCUCUGACUCAUGCUCGUGGAAAAACAUGAUGGAUGAAAUCCGUUGUGGGUUACAAGAAGCAGAUCAGACGUGUAAUUUCAAACAGUUGAUGUUGGAUUCUUGUCGUGAUUUUCUCGUCGAAGGUGGCGAAGAGAAUGCUGUGGUUCUUGAUGUGGAGCGUUUGUGCUUUGAGAAGCAAAAAUCUGCUGCGCUCAGUCAAGCUUCUGUUGAUGCUUUCAAGCAAGUAUUUCGGGAUAUCCAAAAUUUAGUCUACAAGUAUGCAGGUAAGGACAACUCCUUGUUGACUAUGUUUAAGGCUGGAAGCAAGGGUAAUUUGCUGAAAUUGGUCCAGCAUAGCAUGUGUCUUGGCUUGCAACAUUCACUGGUUCGACUAUCAUUUAGAAUUCCCCACCAGCUCUCAUGUGCUGCUUGGAAUAAUCAGAAGGAACUUGGUUCAGUCCAGAAGGUUGAUGACACUCCUGAACAUACUCGGUCUUACAUUCCAUAUGCUGUUGUUGAGAAUUCUUUUAUAACUGGUUUGAAUCCUCUAGAAUGUUUUGUUCAUUCAGUCACAAGUCGAGAUAGUUCUUUUAGUGACAAUGCUGAUCUACCUGGGACUUUGAACCGUCGUCUUAUGUUCUUAAUGCGUGAUUUGUACACAGCAUAUGAUGGAACAGUGAGAAAUGCAUAUGGUAAUCAACUUAUUCAGUUCUCUUAUGAUAGUAAGAAGGAUGCAUCUACUCCAAACAGCAGCACUGACGACUUGUUUGGUGGGAGCGUUGAUGCUCAUGAUGGGAUAGGUGGCCAGCCUGUUGGUUCAUUUUCAGCUUCUGCCAUUUCAGAAGCCGCAUACAGUGCUUUGGACCAACCAAUUAGCCUACUUGAAACUUCUCCACUGUUGAAUCUGAAGAAUGUUCUGGAGUCUGGUUCGAAAAAACGUAAGACGGACAGAACUAUGUCAAUUUUUUUGUCCAAGAAACUUGGAAGACGGAGGCAUGGGCUCGAGUAUGGAGCCUUAGAAGUUAAGAAUCAUUUGGAGAGACUAAUAUUUUCAGACAUUGUGUCUACUGUCAUGAUAAUCUUUUCCCCACAGACUUGUAGCAAGAUGCAUUUCAGUCCUUGGGUUUGCCAUUUUCAUAUAUGCAAGGAAAUUGUGAGGAGAAGAGGACUAAAGGUGCAUUCAGUCAUCAAUUCCCUCUACAGGAGGUGUAACUCUUCCAGAACAGAGUCAAAAUUGAAUCUUUCCAAAGCGCAAAUAACAAGCAAGUGUUGUUCUGUAGCUGAAACACAGAAGGGAAAUAAUGAUACAUUUUGCGUCAAUGUCACAAUAGCUGAGAUCUCCAAGAAUUCUUCUUUACAAUUGGAUACAGUUCGACAGUCAGUCAUACCUUUCCUUCUUGGAGCUGUUGUUAAAGGUUACCCUGAGAUCAAGAAGGUGGAUAUUUUGUGGCAUGAUCUGCCUAAUCUAUCAAGUUGUCGUCAUAGUUCUUGUGGUGAACUAUACUUGAGGGUUUCUAUGUCAGGAGACUCUUAUAGAACAAAUCUCUGGAGUUUGCUUAAGAAUGACUGUCUACAAAUAAUGGAUAUGAUCGAUUGGUCAAGAAGUCAUCCAGAUAAUGUUCAUGAUUUCUGUUUGGCCUAUGGAAUAGAUGCUGGAUGGAAAUAUUUUCUCAAUAGGCUGGAAUCUGCAAUAUCUGAUACUGGCAAGUCUAUACUUCCUCGGCAUUUGCUGCUUGUUGCUGAUAGUCUAUCAGCUACAGGAGAGUUUGUUGGCUUGAAUGCAAAAGGCAUUGCACAACAUAGAGAACAUGCAUCUGUCUCGUCACCCUUUAUGCAAGCGUGUUUCUCUAGCCCUGGUGCGUGCUUUAUUAAAGCUGCUAAGGCUGGUGUUGUGGAUGAUCUUAAGGGUAACCUUGAUGCAUUGGCAUGGGGAAAGGUUAUUCCUACAGGGACUGGUGGUCACUUUGAUAUUAUAUAUUCUGGGAAGGGGAAUGAGGUUUUGAAGCCUGUAGAUGUUUAUAAUCUUUGGGGCAGCAAAAUUAUUUCUGAUGAACAGAAUAUACAGAUCAAAAUGCCUGUUAUACACAAAAGUAUGUCUGACAAAUGUGAUGCUCAAUUUGCCUACAAGCAUGGCGAUCUUGUACCAAAAGGACUUAAAAAGUCAGAAAUAUCAAAAACACUCUUAAGAAGUUUUUUGACAGCAAAUGAUAUUCUGAAUUGGGCCCAUGGAUUGAGGGUUCUACUGCACAAGUAUCCCAUCAAUCACAGUUUAGAUGAAAAAGACAAGUCAGCUUUGAUGAGGGCUUUAUAUUUUCAUCCUCGAAGGGACGAAAAGAUUGGAAGUGGAGCUCAGGACAUAAAGAUUGGGUGCCACCAUAAGCAUCAGAAUACGCGGUGCUUUGAAGUGGUACGGAUGGACGGGACAGUUGAAGAUUUUUCGUACCACAAGUGUGUGCUUGCUGCUCUUGAGAUCGUUGAUCCCCGAAGGGCCAAAAUCUACAAAUCAAAAUGGUUACAACGCAGUACUGCAUAGCCCAACCUUAUGAAAAGUGGUUGUCAUUGGAUUGGAGGAUAACGAAUGUUUAAGGUCUUCACAUUUGACAGUUAAACAUUCAGGGCUCAUUUGGCGACACCUUUUGAGGUUGCUUUUUUGCAAUCAACUCAAAACACAAAACACUCAAAACUACUUUUACCUUUAUGUCACAUCACAACCAAAAAAACAAAAAACACCUUCUAAAAAGCCAUUGUCAAAGCAAACCCUCCUUCAUUUUGGCCUACCUUGGAAUGAUCCUGAUCACCUGAAGCCUGCUUUUUUAUCCUCAGCAAUUGCAAGAAAUGCCGGCUUCUUGGGCAGCUGACCCAUUAAGUUGUCUAAAUCCUAACAAUGGCUGUGGAUCAUCUCAAAAUAUUAUUUUUGGAGCUUUUAUAUCUUUUCAAAUCUGUUCAUUUCCAAAAAAGCUGAAUAUUGUGCCAGAGGAAGAGGGCUAGUAGAACUGUAAGCGCUUUGCUUAAUAUUGUGCCAGAGGAAGAGGGCUAGUAGAACUGUAAGCCCUUUGCUUUUGUAGUCAGUACUAUACUUUUUGUACUUUUUUUUUUUUUUUUUGUUUCAAAUCAAUAUAGUGCAGUCCCUUACCCAGCUUCUUUUUGCUACUUCCACUAUAGCUUCUUUGCCUUCCAUCACACCAGGCAAAUAAAAUCUAGUGGAAGCAGCAACGAGAAGCUUGUAAGGGUCAAUUCCAAUUUCAUGAUG